AAGGAGGUGAGGGGGGUCUCCGCUGUGGCAUAGAGCAGCUCCGAGAUGUUAGAUGUCAUCCAGGUGAAUAUUUUUUCAUUAUGAAACCAUUAGCAGCAGCAGACAGCAAUGGAGUCCCGAGCCAGCAAGAUAAAACCCCGCUCCCUGCAGACUUCAGCAGACUUCAUCUGGCCGACGGCCUACACCCACAGGUGACCCACGUCUCCUCCAGCCACUCAGGAUGUAGUAUCACCAGCGACUCUGGGAGCAGCAGCCUGUCUGACAUUUACCAGGCCACUGAGAACGAGCCAGGUGACAUGGACCUGAGCGGCCUGCCCGAGACCGCAGUCGACUCUGAGGAGGACGAUGACGAGGAGGACAUCGAACGAGCGUCGGACCCCCUCAUGAGCCGGGACAUCGUGCGGGACUGUCUGGAGAAGGACCCCAUGGACAGAACCGACGAUGACAUUGAGCAGUUACUGGAGUUCAUGCACCAGCUGCCAGCCUUUGCCAACAUGACCAUGUCGGUGCGGAGGGAGCUCUGCGCCGUCAUGGUCUUCGCUGUGGUCGAGCGUGCCGGCACCAUCGUCCUCAACGAUGGAGAGGAGCUGGACUCAUGGUCAGUGAUCCUGAACGGGUCAGUGGAGGUGACCUACCCCGAUGGUCGGGCAGAGAUCCUGUGCAUGGGGAACAGUUUUGGGGUGUCUCCAACCAUGGAGAAGGAGUACAUGAAGGGUGUGAUGAAGACCAAGGUGGACGACUGCCAGUUUGUAUGUAUAGCCCAGCAGGACUACUGCUGCAUCCUCAACCAGGUGGAGAAGAAUAUGCAGAAGGUGGAGGAGGAAGGCGAGAUCGUUAUGGUGAAAGAACACCGUGAACUGGACCGGACCGGAACCAGGAAAGGACACAUUGUCAUCAAGGGCACAUCGGAGCGGCUCACCAUGCACCUGGUGGAGGAGCACUCGGUAGUGGACCCUACCUACAUCGAGGACUUCCUGUUGACCUACAGGACUUUCCUCUCCAGCCCCAUGGUCGUUGGCAGAAAGCUCCUGGAGUGGUUUCACGACCCCAGUCUCAGGGACAAGGUUACACGUGUAGUCUUGCUGUGGGUAAACAAUCACUUCAACGACUUUGAGGGCGACCCCGCCAUGACCCAUUUUCUUGAGGAGUUUGAAAACAACCUGGAGAAAGAAAAAAUGUGUGGGCACCUCAGACUGUUAAAUAUAGCGUGCGCUGCUAAAGCCAAGCCACGGCUGGUGACACUGACCAAGCCGUCCAGGGACUCUCCUCUGGCCUUCAGCCUCCUCGGAGGUCAGGAGAAAGGCUUCUCCAUCUUUAUUGAUGCCGUGGAGCCAGGCAGCAAGGCAGCAGACAUCGGCCUGAAGCGUGGAGAUCAGAUCCUGGAGGUCAAUGGGCAGAACUUUGAAAAUGUCCAGCUCUGCAAAGCCAACGAGAUUCUUAAGAACAACACCCACCUGUCCAUUACUGUGAAGACAAAUCUUUUAGUUUUUAAAGAGCUGUUAACGCGGCCGGAGCACGAGCACGACUUGGAUGUGGAUGAGGAACACGACAGGAAGAACGGGGCACCCCACCUGCCAAAAAUUGGAGACAUCAAGAAGGCCAGCCGCUACUCUAUACCGGACCUGGCUGUGGACGUGGAGCAGGUCAUGGGUCUGGAGAAAGUCAGCAAGAAGGCCAAGACCAACACAGUCGGCGGGCGCAACAAACUGAAAAAGAUCUUUGACAAGACGCUCACCAGCAUCCUGCCCCCCAAACCGUACAAUGACGUUUGCGUCGGCCAAUCACAGGACGACAGCAUAGUCGGGAUGAAGCAGUCCAAACAAAUCCCUCCAGCCCUGCCGGUCAGUGGAAACCUCUCUUCAUCGAAUCCAGACCUCCUGCAGUCACACCACCGUAUCCUCGACUUCAACAACCAGCCUGAUAUGUCGGACCAAGUGUUACGGGUCUUCAAAGCGGACCAGCAGUCUCGAUACAUCAUGAUUGGGAAAGACACGACAGCUAAAGAGGUGGUGGUCCAGGCCAUCAGGGAGUUCGCCCUGACUGCAGCAGCAGAGGCCUAUUCAUUAUGCGAGGUGUCCGUCACCCCGGAGGGCGUCAUCAAACAGAGGCGGUUACCAGAUCAACUCUCUAAACUGGCUGACAGGAUUCAGCUAAGUGGAAGAUACUACCUAAAGAGCAACAUGGAGACAGAGACGUUGUGUUCAGAUGAGGAUGCCCAGGACCUCCUUCGAGAAGGCCAGAUCUCCUUGUUGCAGCUCAGCACUGUGGAGGUGGCCACCCAGCUCUCCAUGAGAGCGUUUGAACUGUUCUGUGCCAUCGAGCCCACCGAAUACAUUGACGACCUGUUCAAGCUGCGCUCCAAGGUGGGCUCGGUCAGCCUCAAGCGCUUCGAGGAGUCCAUUAACCACGAAACCUUUUGGGUGGCAACGGAGGUGGUGCGGGAGCCAAACCAGCUGAAGCGCAUGAAGAUCGUCAAGCACUUCGUCAAGAUCGCCCUGCACUGUCGAGAGUGCAAGAACUUCAACUCCAUGUUUGCCAUCAUCAGUGGUCUUAACCUGGCUCCAGUCUCCAGACUGAGGGGAACAUGGGAAAAGUUACCCAGCAAGUACGAGAAGCUGUUCGGGGACCUGCAGGACCUCUUUGACCCGUCGAGGAAUAUGGCGAAGUACAGGAACGUUCUCAACAAUCAGAACCUCCAGCCGCCGAUCAUCCCCCUGUUCCCAGUCAUCAAAAAGGACCUGACCUUCCUUCACGAAGGCAAUGACUCUAAAGUGGACGGCCUGGUGAACUUUGAGAAGCUUCGGAUGAUUGCCAAAGAAAUCCGUCAUGUUGGUCGCAUGGCCUCCGUCAAUAUGGACCCAGCCCUCAUGUUCCGUACCAGGAAGAAGAAAUGGAGAAGUUUAGGUUCUCUAAGUCAGGGCAGCGCCAACGCCGCCGUGCUCGACGUCAGCCAGACGGGCGGGCACAAGAAGCGGGUGCGACGCAGCUCCUUCCUAAACGCCAAAAAGCUCUACGAGGACGCCCAGAUGUCCAGGAAGGUGAAGCAGUACCUGUCCAACCUGAGUCUGGAAACGAACGAGGAGAGCCUGCAGACCCUGUCGCUGCAGUGUGAACCCUCCAUCAGCACGUUGCCCAAGAAUGCCGGGGGGAAACGACCUGACACUUCUCCAGUGGUGUCCAGAGCUGCUAAUCAGCAACGAGGCCCGUUGGCCAAAGGGAACCAGGUCCUGCAGGUUCCUGCCGUGGCCCUGUACCCGUCCCGGAAGAGAGUCCCGGUCAAGGAUCUGCCACCGUUUGGCACGAGUUCACCCCAGUCCCUGAAAAAGAUCUUGUCUCUGUCGGAGGAGGGAAGCGACAGACACAGAAGACAGCCAGAGGACACUGUGUCCAACGCCUCCUCCCAGCUCUCCUCCCCUCCCACCUCCCCACAGAGCUCUCCUAAGAAGGGCUACAGCCGGGGUGGGGACGCCUGUUCGGACUCGGGUCACAGUGAGAUCUCGUCCCGCUCCAGUCUGGUCAGUAACUCGUCUUUCGACAUGGCCCAGGAGGAGAGGAGACUCCGUCACUCCGGGGGAGUUUGUGAAUCCCACCUGGGGGGGCCUCGGCUGGAUAGAAGAGCCACGACUGACCCCGACCAGUACAGUCUGGGGUCGUAUUCGUCGAUGCAGGACUGUCGGGGCAUUUACGCCGGCUGUCCCACGGUCCUCUCCUCCCCCAGUUCAGAGGAACUGACUCAGGAUCAGGGCGAUCGGGUGUCCCUGGACGCUGCAGACAGCGGCCGCGGCUCCUGGACCUCCUGCUCCUCUGGUUCCCACGACAACAUCCAGACCAUGCAGCAGGGACGCAGCUGGGAGACGUUGUCCUUCGGAGGGGGAAGUGGGGGGCUCCCUUCAGGACAAGAGGCCUUACUGGGGGGUCCUGCUGCUCUGUGGGCAGCGCAGGCCAGGGGGAGUUGGGCCUCUGCCAGCUCCUCUUCAUCCUCAGCAGCGUACUGGGGGGAGGACUCAGAAGGAGAUACCGGCACGAUAAAGAGGCGAGGCGGGAAGGACGUCAACGCUGACCCAGAGACGAGCAGCAUCACGUCCACCGGGUCGGAGGAGGCCAAGCAGCUCGGACGGCCGUCUCCAUCGCCCAUCACUGCCGGGGGUCGAAAGGAGGGCCGUUUCCGUGAGCCCCCACCGACUCCACCCGGCUACACCGCCCUCACCAUCUCGGAUGUUGCGGAUGGGCAGCACCCUCCGUCGUCCGCCUCCACGCCCACAGCGACCCACUCGAGCCGCCGUCCGCCUGAUUACACCACAGCCCUGCAGCGCUCGCGCAUGGUCACCCAGUCGCCCGACUCCCAGCAGGCCCAUCAGGCGGCCAAGCAUCGAGCGGGGGGCCUCCACCGCACCCGCUCACCGGCCGAGGAGCAGGAGCCCGAGGAGGAAGAGGAGGGUGAGUCUUCCAGACUAGUCACUCUGAAGAAACCAGUGGCUCAGCACAUGUCUGAGACCCCCCCACCAUGA